AUUUUUAUAAAUAUUCAUAAGAAAAGUACUACAUACGAAUUGAUGCAAAAAAUUAAGUCUUUUACUGUUUUAAUAUUAUUAACUUUUUAGCUGAUAAAAGGAACAUAGAUUUGCAAACUAAAUUUGAUUUGCAGUGAACAAGAUUUCAGCUGUUUAUUUUAAUUAAGUAUGCUUAAUACUUGCAUUUCUUCUUAAUGCGAUUAAUUUAUAUAAGACUCCAGAGCUUAAUCUGAAUGUUACUUAUAAACUUGUAAACCGAAAUUUUAUUAAUAAAAUGAUAUUCAAGUUUAAAAAUAUUUUGAUUGUUUAGCUAAUUAAGAGAUUGAAUAAAAAAAUUAACUACAACCAUUCUUGUUUAUAUCAAACAAUAAUAGCCCUAAAUUUUGCUUUGAGUAAUUAGUAACUAGCUGUUAAAACCUAUCAAAUGAUUGUAUCAAUACUUUAUAAAAAUAAAUAGAAUGCAUUAACACAAAUUGUUAAAAUAAUAUGAAUACAGCCUAAGAAUUUCAAUAGUGUAUGUUUAUUACAUGUAAAACCGACAAUCCAGAUUUAGAUACUAUGCAAAAUAAUAUGAUUUAAUGUAUGUUUAAUUCAUAGUAACCACAAACAGGACAUUAAAAUACUUAUGAAUAAUGCUUUUCUUAGUUCUAAACUAACUGUUAGAGUUUUUCAGAUCAGUGUCCAUAAGUUUUUAAAGAAUAAUAAUAUUGCAUAAAGGAAAAAUGUGUGCCUGACCCAACAACAGCUCAAGACUUAAAAAAGUGUUUAUUAAUAACAUGCAAAACAGAUUUUGAGGAUUUAGAUAGGCUUGAAACUCAAAUGAUAGAGUGUGUUAUAGGACAUCCAAUAAAAGAUAGUUCUUCAUUUUUAUACAACAUGAUAUCUAUUUCAUUGUUAGUGUAUUUAGGCUUAUUAUUAUGA